AUGUGGAAAGUUACCAACAUAAUCUGUGACAGACACAGUUUGCUGCUGUUACUGGAAGAGAAAAACGCAGUGGCUUCGUUCCUGCCUCAGCCAUUCAUCACUUUCUCUUCCCAAUUUCACUUUUUUGGGCAGUCAUCAUCAGGUUUUGGGCAGAACAAUUCAAGUAUCAAUCCUUUUGCUCUUAAGCCAUUUGGUAUUACAACUCCAUUUGGUUCGCCAAUUGGUUUUGGAGGUUCUUCCACUGGGGUAGCUCAACCAUCUUCUCCAUUCGCUUCCAAUACAGCUUUCGGUUUUUCAUCGUCACCAGCUUUCAGUAGUUCAGUUCCCUCUUUUUGGUCAUCUUCAACUCCUGAUCUUGGUAGUUCAUCGUCAUCCUUUAGUGGAUCAUCAGUUUUUGGUCAGCAGCCUCUUUUGGAGGUUCUGAAUCUGCUUCUACUCAAACAGUAUCAUUUGGUGCCACCCAGCCAUCACAACUAGCAUUUGGAAGCAGCAUAUUUGGUUUCUCAGCACCUUUUGGUGCAUCAUCUCAGCCAGCA